AUGGAUGAGGGGACCGAAAAAGGGACUCGGCGGAAGAGGGUCUCAAGGGCGUGCGAUCGUUGUCGAAGCAAAAAGGACAAAUGCGAUGGUCUCCGCCCUACCUGCUCGGCGUGCCAAGCCAGCGGUCAGCUCUGUUCCUACGAUCCUCACGCGAAGAAACGCGGUCUUCCCGAGGGCUAUGUGCGCGGAUUGGAGAAGCUGUGGGCGCUGUCCCUGUGCAAUAUCGACGGGUUCGAAGAAACCAUGCUGGCCAUCCUAGGAUCCACGGCCGAGUCUGCAGAUCGCCGGGAAAACCUGAUGUCGAUGUGGUGUAAUGACAGUGCCUCGGAUAGCCUGCACGAGACGUGGAAAACAAGCCGACUGUGUGGUGAAUUAGAGAAGAUGCUCUCCACUCCUGAACAACCCCUCGCCACGGGCAAGCGACCGCGCGACACUGACGCGGAUGUCUCGAAUCCGCUCGGCGGCCGAUGGGGCUUACGUGUCACUAAAGAAUCGACGCCUCUCGGUCCUGAAGCGCCCCGGAUCAACACGCUCCCUAUUGACGCAGCUCACGCGAAACGAGCCAGGACGUUGCGUCCCUGGGGCAGUCCAGGCGUGUCACAGUUGAGUUCCAACUCCCAGGAGUUGCGAUUGCCUCCGUCAACAUCACGGCUCCUCGAUCUUUACUUUGCUGUCACUCACACAUGGUUUCCGAUUCUCGCAAAGCACAAUAUUCUCCGCGCAUCCUACUUCUAUGCCAAUUCCCCUUUCGCCAUCUCCGCCAACGCUCCAGGGUCUGGUGAUCAUGCCGCCCUGUGGGCAAUUCUGAGCUACACAAUCGCCCAAAUUCCAGAAAGCAGCAGCAGCAGCAGCAGCAGCGCCGGGAUCACAGCGGGUGCUUUGGACCGCACUCGGGAGUACUACUUUGUUUCCCGUCGUCUCAUACCUUCUGAAAAAGAGCGCUAUGAACUCGGUCAUAUUCAGGCAUUACUUCUGCUGAGCAUGGUUAACAUUGGCCUGGAAGAUUGGACAGCCGCGUGGCUUUUGAGCGGCCAAGCAGUGCGCAUGGCCAUCGCAAUGGGCUUGGGUACACCCAUGAACUCACAUCGGACGGACGAAGGGCGGCAAGGCCAAGCGGUGUUCUUGGGCUGCUUCGUGGUCGACUCAUUACUCUCUUUUCGCCUAUCUCGAUCUCCUGCCAUGUCGUCACAGGACCUGGCUCCGGUUGGCUUACUAGAGGAAGACGGACUCGAAGAAUGGAACUCCUGGGUGGACGUCCUUCCAACGGCAACAGCUCCGAUCAAGAGCCCCCCGCAAAAGGGCCCACUGUUGUCACUCAGCUGUUUCAAUCGCCUCGUGGAGUUGACCAGCGUCCUCAACAAGAUCGCACGAAGCCUGUCCUUGGGGUGUGAAGUAUCCGAAUUUGCCUCUCAAAUAGUGCGGGAUUUGAAACAGUGGGACAAUCAUCUUCCGCCAGGAUGCCGCCUCGUUGGACCAGAAAGCAUCUACCCCGAACGGCACUCGACCCUGCUGCCACACCAAAGCUAUCUAGGCCUAACAUACCUUUCAACGCUGCUCUGGUUAUACCUGCGGGUCGGUACAACCGAGCAGAGUUCGGCGACGGACAACGCGAAGAAGCUCCUCGGCCGAGGGCUGCUGAUGAUGACCCAGCACCUGGACAAUUUCCCGAUGUGUGGUCUGCCGCCUGUCUUCGAAAUGUCUCUGCGCGCCAUCAGCGAGCAGGCACUUUCAUUGCACCAAAUAGGGCCGCCAUCGGACGACUUUUCAUUCCUGCACUGGGCGGAGGAAUUCCAUCACGCUGCCUCGGCGAUAUCGCAUACCUGGCCGGUACAUAGAUCAUUUGCAUCAUCGGUGGAGCGUUGGCAACGAAUGAGCCGUGGCUUUGACGCACCGCAGCCGUAUACCCGAAACGGUUUCUCUGGGCUUCUAGGGCAGUACGAGGGCACCAUGAGACCCGCAAGUAAUGUCCACGCCAUGCGUCCGGUUGACCACUCCAGUUUCACUUCGUCGAUCUUGAAUGGCACCAAAGAUCACUCCUUGACACCCAAAGACACGAGCAUGGGUGAUUCCGAGAUGCCCAUGGGUUGCUCGACCCUUCAUCAACCGAUUCUGUCCGACCGGUUGACAGCUCCUCGUGUGGCGGAUCGGAUCUUUGCGUCGGGGGCCACCCAGGUGCAGCCCCGUACGCCAGAGUCCUACAUGUCCAAUCCCAUGUUCGCUGGCAACCCUUCUACCAGUGAUCCAUCCACCUCGGUCACUGAGCCCAUGCAGUUCCCCCAUCCUGCAAUCACGAGUGACCUCGAUGCGAUAUUCAAGGAUCUAGCGUACCUCGACACGACAGAGUGGUCAAGCAACCGUGAGGCCGGGCUCAAGGACUUUGGAUUUCUCGAUGAUAGUACCUUUCAGGCUUUCUGCCAUGAUCCCGACCGUCUGAUGGGAUCACAGCCUCUGGUGCACCCGCCCUCCAUCGAAGAUAUCUGGCCGCCACCGGGCUUUUUCCCCGAGACCUUUCACGAACCUGAUCAUCCCCCUAACGGUUGA